AUGGGUCACUACACGACCCGGCUCGACGUCUACGCCCACUGCCGCCCCGGAAGGCCAAUCUCUGACCAGUUCGCUCAGGACCUGGCAUCCCUGCUCGAGCGCCUUCCACGGUUGCUUAUCCUAACCAUGCAUGACCUAAUUCCCCACGGAACAGGAAGCUUCGUCCUCAACGCCAGUCCCACUUUGGAGUAUAUCAGUUGGGUGGGGACGGAUUGGAGGCAAAACUGGGUCGAGUUUAUGGCCGGCCAUCCGAAUUUACAGUCCAUCGGUGCACCAUUCGUAGCGGCCCCUCGACUCUUCGAAUACCCUGAAAUUGAGCGCAAGCUAGAGCACGUCACCGAACUCGCAACAAGAUCGGGAUACGAAGCGACGCAAUGGUGCGAAAAAUGGCUGAAGCCGGGUACAUUACGGAGCCUCCGUACCACUUCACCUAAAUUCGAAAACGAUGCACUUUUCUUUGGCAGCUCAGAUCCUGCUCUCGCUACCAAUCCAUUCGACAUAUGUGGGGAAAAACUCACAACUCUCCACUACUGCGUCAACGACGACGCUCAUCAAUGGGUUGCAACCCGCGACUUUAACGUGGCCUUGGAUCGUUGUCCUAACCUGCGCCGACUCGACCUCACCUACACAUCUUGGUUCCUGCGACCGGCGGAAUUCAAGCAUAAGCCCAGCAUCACGACGUUCGGAAUCCAGAAGUUUGGAAAUCUCAAACAAGAGCAAGCACAGACGAUGUUCUCUCUUGCCCUAGAAGCCAAAGCCAGCUGGCUGCCCAGUCUUCAAGUUGUCCAGUUUAUCGACGAAGAAAACGUUACUAAACUACGAUAUUUCUUCAACGAUGAUUUAGAAAGUAAAUUCCGUCAGCUCGAAAUCGCUUUGAUGAGUUACGAUGGGACAGAAUUCUCAACUUCCAGAACAACUCAGACAGGACAUGAUAAUUUCUUUACUCGAUGA